GUCGCCGCCGCCUUUUUUACACCGGCGUGGCUCGUCGUUUUCAGCAUGAUGUAUUGAAAUAAGCCCGCUUCGGAUGUUGUUCGUGCCCUCAGAGCAGGAGGUGGUCGUGCAAUUAGCAAAAGGAAAGGAUGCGCGGAAAGAAGGGUAGUAGAGCCCUUCUUGGUGGACGAUCUUCGUCCUGCUACCUGUGCAUCUUUACAGCCUGUCGUGUUGCUGCACUACAUGGUUCCUCACGACAGCCAGGUACAUCUUCUUCUCCUCGCCGCAGUUGUAAUACUCGCGCAUGCGCUGUAGUACUAGCUGCUCUUGUCGUAGUACAGGUUGCUUUCCUGUUGCUUGUUCCACAACAUGACGAUGAAGGGACUGCUCAACGAGCAGAAGAUCCACUGUGUGAGUGCGACGAGACAGCUGCAGGGAGGGUCUCUAGUACAUGCAGGGGGCCUAGUACAACUCGCUUGGAACAAACCCGACAGUUUUUUACCUUCGCCGAAGCCGCCUCCUUCGUGCGCGGAGCAACAGCACCUGGACAACAUCGUCCGGCAUCUACUUUCGCCUCAGACAGUCGUGGAAGUACAACACGAAAUAACCACCGAAGCUCGACCUCUUACCGGACCCUCUCUCCCCGCGGCCCGAGGGAGGAACAGUUGUAUUUCGUGAACGCAGCCUCUUUGUUGCGGGGCGCCGGGUCAAAUUUGAGACGGAAUUUGGUCGACAGGCCUUUGGCGGAACUUACGACAAGGACGCGGGGCUUUUCGCCGCGAGGAUGGGCUGCGGGGGAUCAUGCUACGGGGAGUAGGAGUGGCCGCGGCCGGAGUGCUCAUUCCUCGUUUUCAUCAACGGCGAGGUAUGAGCCGUUUCUUCAGACGGCGGAAGAAGAGGUGGACGUCGAAGCUGCUGGAGCCACCGGAAUAAUUUCGACGCAUCGUACAACUAGAACGGCUUCGGACGACCAAGAAUACCAAAACGGAGAGGGAGAUGGGACUCGGGGUCGUGGAUUACAGCGUGGUACUACUACAACAUCCCUUCUUGCGACUAGUACUGACUCACCUGUCGAGCAAGAAGAGAAUUGCGCGAUCUGCCUCUGCCCACUGCAGGAAGAAGACGACGUCACGACUAGCGCAACUUCUACAACACAGCAGCAGUUUCAGCAGAUGUUGCAAUGCGGUGCGUGCAACACAGAAGAUCUUCCCGGAGCUAGCACCUGCAACGGAAGAAAAGGAGCUGCUGAAGCGGCUUCUGCAGCAGAACCUGAAAGCCGUCGAGAUUGCGGAGCUUUGUGUGGAAGAGAUUUCGGUGGUGCCGGGGCGGAUAGAAGUAGACGGCGCAGUAGCAAGUACUAGUACACGAGUUGCCAGUAGAACAAGUGCGCCGGCGCAAGAAGAAACGGGCGCUCGUCAAGAACCACAUCCCUCGCUCGUCACGUUUCUGCAGGAUGUUUUCACGCCAAACUUGGAAUAUCCUGUCGUGCAAAAGUAUCGUACUCGUAUAAAUGCAUUACAAAUUUUCUCAGCAUGAGAAAUAAAAUUUGUAAUGCGGAUUUACCUAACGAAAAAGAUUUGUAAUGCAUGACUGCAACUACUACGAGUACGAUACUUUUGCAGUUCAUAUGGAAAUGGCAGAGAGGCGCCGCGGCGCGGGUGGGGAAAGUGAAAGUUAUGGAUGUGUCAGGAUCGAAAUCGACAAAAUCGAAAAAUUUGCGAUGCAUAAAAUGUAGAGCACUGAAGGCCUGUAUUGGGGAGCAGGCACAUACGACCGAAUGUAAGCCCGUUUAGGAGUAUGCAAUGUGCUGCCAGAGUAGCAUGACAGGAGAAGUCUUCUUUGCCCAAACAGCAUGACAGACUGGGUUUGGGUGCUUCCGAAAUUUGUCAUGCGCCACUUGGAAAGUGAGGCUCCAACUGGCAUCGAUUUUGUGCAUCACAAACAAGGUCAGGGCACGGGGGCGGGGGCCCCCGUGCAGCGACCUUCCCGCCAUUUGCAGGACGUGGCGCACGCAGAUACGUGGACAGCACGCCAGAAAUUUCGAAACUUUGAGCUUGCUACCUAUACUGAAAGCAAGAGGCCGGCCGCAGAGUCCCCGCGCUGACCUGCGGCGUUUGCGCCUGGGCCGUACGGCUCCCGGGAAUCGCUUCCAUCCAGCUGGCCCCUAGGUCAUGACGCGGGGACAGAGUCCACACCGCGCUGACCUAGGGCUUUUGCCCCGGGGCCGUGUUCGGGAAGGGGAAGCGCUUGCAGCUGGCCCCUAGGUCAUGGCGCGGGGACAGAGUCCCCGCGCUGACCUAGGGCUUUUGCCCCUGGGCCGCACGCUCGCUGUCCGGGAAGCGCUCAAAGCUGGCCCCUAGGUCAUGGCGCGGGGACAGAGUCCCCGCGCUGACCUAGGGCUUUUGCCCCUGGGCCGCGCGCUCCCUCGCUGCCUGUCCGGGAAGCGCUUAAAGCUACCUAGCCCCUAGGUCAUGGCGCGGGGACAGAGUCCCCGCGCUGACCUAGGGCUUUUACCCCUGGGCCGCGCGCUCCCUCGCUGCCUGUCCGGGAAGCGCUUAAAGCUACCUAGCCCCUAGGUCAUGGCGCGGGGACAGAGUCCCCGCGCUGACCUAGGGCUUUUACCCCUGGGCCGCGCGCUCCCUCGCUGCCUGUCCGGGAAGCGCUUAAAGCUACCUAGCCCCUAGGUCAUGGCGCGGGGACAGAGUCCCCGCGCUGACCUAGGGCUUUUACCCCUGGGCCAUGCGGUGUCCGGGCCGGCAGGGUGGGCCCGUGACCACUAGGUAGCCCCUCCGUCAUGUGGUGACGCUCGCUGGGACAGGGUCUCCCCGUUUGCCUAGGGGUUUGGCGCCCGGGCCAUGGGGUGUUCCCUCCGGGAUGCAGGCGCCCAAAGCUCGCCCCUCGGUCAUGGCGCGGGCGCAGAGUCCUCGCGUUGGCCUUGGGCACUUGCCCGGCCGGCCGCGGGCCGUGCCAGCCUGCGGUGCCCGGGAGGCGCUCUCACAUGUUUGGACGUGGCGCCACCGCGGGGGCCCAUGCCCACAUGGGGGCGGGACCGCCUACGGGGGUUCGGGAGAUCCGCCUCCUGGAAUGUUUGCGCGCCCGUCGCUCUCUGUGCCUGCGUGUUUGCGCCAAGCGGGCCCACUGUUGUGCUUGGUCUGGAAUAAAAGCCGACGCGCCCGGCGUUCUUGGCCUGGGUGGUGGCGUGUAUGAAUAGAAUAAAAGGAGCCCCCUGUGGCCCUUCGCUUCCGUGUUAUUUCUGUGCUAUCUCUGCAGAAAAGCGCAGGGCCCAUAGAUACGCGCCCACCUUUCAUUCUCAGUCGGGCGCGCGCUUGUUUUGUCGGCGCAGAAAAGGCACCCGCGUGGGGCUUGGUAGAUCGGCGCGCCCGGAAUGUCUACGCACGGGGCAAACCAACAACAAACACAUCCCAAGGCACGGCGGCGAGUGGGUUCGCGGGGUCCACCCCCCCGAGUGGGCCUGCUUAUCUUUGUUGACACUCGCUGGCCAUGCCAUUCGGAGUCGCGUCCGAACGCGCCCGGGGUCUGUUCGGGGACGAUGUGUCCGGCUUGUAUUUCCCCGAGGUGUGUUCGGGAGUGUGCCCCGGGGUUUGCCUGGGGUGUGUCGGAUGUUUGUGUGUGUGUGUCUGGGGUGUGUGUCGGGGGUGUGGGCCGGGGGUGUGUCUGGGGUAUGUCGGGGGUGUGUCUGGGGUGUGUCUGGGGUGUGUCUGGGGUGUGUCCGGGGUGUGUUUGGGGUGUGGGUUGCAAAUUGCAAAUCACGAUGCUACGCACCCACUUUGCAUACCCCAGAACACACCCCAAAGCUUCAGCAGUUCUUGUCGGGGGGGUGUGUCUGGGGUGUGUCGGGGGUGUGUCUGGGGUAUGUUUUGGGGUGUGGCCUGCAAAUUACGAAUCCCGAUGCUAUGCAGCCACUUUGCAUACCCCAGAACAUACCCCAAAGCUUCAAAAGUUCUGGUUUGCUGCAGUCUAAAUAGUAAUUUUUCGACUUUGUCAAUUUCGAUUCUGACACUUCCAUAAAAGCGCGGCGGAAGAUAGUAUCUCGGUUGCAGAAAGCGUUUUGUCGUCUCAACCAAAUCGCGAGAGGACCCGAGUGUUGAGUGAUUUUUGAUGACUCUGCAUCAGAUUGCAAAAAUUAAAAUCGCUGCACCUGCAUGAGACUUCUGCAUUUAUCUGUCACGAGGAAUCGAAAAAUCGUGAAUGGAACAAGAGUUGGGUCUUUACGAAGAUGCAGUUGAUUCGAUAUCGAUCAAUUUUUCUUCUGAAUACACGAAGCAUUGGAGUAUGGAAGUGUCAGACUCGAAAUUGACAAAAUCGAAAAACUUGUGAUGCACAAAAUCGAUGCCAGUUAGACCCACAGUUUGUAGUGGGCGCAUGACAAAUUCUCCCAGUCCUGGAAGCGAAUCUGUCAUGCGGUUUAGGUGGGCAAAAGAGCUGCCUUCUGUCAUGCUAGUCAGCAGCCCAAGACUUCUCAACCCUUACCACGACGACAAUCCGCCUCCCUUGCAUCCUCUGCACUAGAGUCGCUUUUUGCGUAGCAUUUUAUGCAUUACAGAAUUUUUAUUUUGUUAAUUUCGAUCCUGACACUCCCAUACGGAGGUCGCGGAGGAUAGUGGAAAACUGAAGUUCGCGACAAGGGCAGCGGCGAAGACGUAUAUCAAAAGAAAAUUUCCUCCCUCCCCAUAUCAAAACGAAAUUUCUGAUGCUGGAUUUGUGUACACAAAUACGCUUUGUAUUGCAGGAAGGCACCGCCGCCAGAUCCUCAGCCUACGUAGGGGCGUUUGGGUCUAGUUGUUCAGCAUUGCAAACGGCUCCCCUUCAGGCCCACUAGCAUGGCAAAGCGCUUCCAUGAUGGGACGGAAGCUUCUGCUCUUGUCUUCUUGCAGGACAAAUGUGAUUUGUGGCCACGAAUCAGCAACGCAAAUUUGCGGAAGCAUACCGUUUCAAUACGGGGAGGGGGGAUUUUUCCUCUCAAUAACGUAUCACGCGUCUACUUCACAGUGGUUCUUCAGGCGGCGGCCGGGCUGCACUAGAGAUGAGGACACCACUAUCGGAGGUCGGGGAGGAGCUGGAAGUAGCAGUGACAGAAGCACCAGCAGCGCAGAAGCGGGAGGUACUGAUAAAAAUACAAGCAGCAGUCCUACACCAACAUCCACGAGAACACCUUGCUCCACCACCACCUCCUCGCAGCAUGGAGGUACAACAACGCCUAGUACGAACGCAUCUUCAGUGGAAAUAACGGACGACACGGAACAAGAGACCCUGGCCCGCCUCAACGAGCAGGUGCGGGCCUUACCGCAGUGCAUAUGCAAGAAAAAAACUGUGUAAGUGUAACUCUGUAAUGCAGAACAUGCAACAGAGUUACGUCUGUCAUGCCAGACAACCACGAAGUCCUCUUUUCAUGUGUGUUUUCCCUUACCAGCCACGCAUGACAGGUUUUCUCUGUUAUGUAGAGCAAAUUUGUGAUGCUGUCAGCCAAAGAAAGUUACACUAACACAGUUUUUUUCUUGGAUAGUGCAGGCACGUGUUCCACAAAGAGUGCCUGUUUCGGCACUUGAAACACCAUGUCACAACGAAGGGCUACAAGCAGCUCAAGUGCCCGAUUUGCCGGGCGCGAACGAAUAUGUGUUGCAAAAGUUGUGCCGUACUAGUCAACAUCGAACUUGCACGAAAAAAUUUGUUCCCAGGAACAACGACAAUGGAGUUUGUCAUGCGAGGACAGGUAGAGAAAGAGAGUUUGUCAUGCUGGAUUGCAAUUAGUAGGAUAGUUUUGCAACGCAUAACAAAUGUCGCGCAGAAGUUCCGGACCGUGGAUGAAGAUGGAAAUGAGGUCGGCGUGGGCGAUAAGAGAGUGCACAACUUCCUCUCCCCCUCAUUCGGGUAGAGCAUCCACAGCAAUACAAGCGUCAGCGAGAAUGCAGGUCUUGCAUGACAAAAUUCCAGCACAGGAGUGUAGUUUUGUUUGGGCUGCCAGAACUUGUCAUGCGAACAGUGCCGCAAGGCAAAGAUUGGGUUUGGUGUUUUGCAUGACAAAUGAGGGGGAGGGGGAGUUGUGCACUCUCAUAGGCGAAGAAGCCAGACGCAGAGCAGUAGGACAGGAAGAUGCAGCGAGUAGACCUGCAAUACAAAUUCCAAGUCGAGGUGGUCCUGAAAACAGCAACAGCAAUGCACUUCCAACUAUAGAAACCAGCCCAGUAGAUUGGCAGGAGCAGUUGACCACAGCAGGGACCGCUACUGCUCGUCCUGCCUCUUCACCGACGUACGUUAGCAGGAGCGAUAGAGCAAGUAGUGCCGCUAGAGGACCUUCGGGUAGCGCUAUGCAAGAAAAAAACUGUGUAAGUGUAACUUUGUGUUGCAGACGUUGCAAUACAGUUACACUUGUCAUGCUGGAUGUGCAUCAGAGGGAAUUUUCGUACUUACGUGUUUUCGCGUACUAGCUACGAAUGACAGGUUUUCUCUGUCAUGCGAAACAAAUCUGUGAUGCUGUUCCUGCAAAAAAGUUACACUUACAGACUUUUUUUCGUGGAUAAGUGCUUCGAAUUCCGAUGGCAGCAGUCUGUUGGAACUAACAGCGAGCCAAGCGGCGGAACGAAUGGGUGGCGGAAGAAGCGUACCCUGUGCAAAAGUAUCUGAUAAUCGUAUUGGAAUCAUGCAUUACAAAUUGUAAUCUUAAGGUAGAUCCGCAUUACAAAUUUCAUUUCUCAUGCUGAGGAAAUUUGUAAUGCGUUUAAUAUACGAGUGCGAUACUUUUGCAAUGCAUAAAGCGGAGGUGGACAGGGCGGAAUUCAGGCUGGUGGAACACAAGCACGACCAGCGGGGGAGAGUCGUGUAGCUGGCGAUGAAAGUAGAGGGAGGAGUCCCGCCGAAGCUGAUGACCUGACACCGCCACCGCAGCAGCACGAAAUGGCGCCUACUUCCCCAGAACGCCCACCCUCGCAGCACUCACUUAUUCACUGCAAAAAGCAUCGUGCUGAUAGUGAUACGAAUUGCAACCAUGCAUGUUGGCAUAUCUGGUUUCUAUACCUAAGUCUGCAUGCGUACAAAAACAAACUCCAUUUUUCAUCUUCCAUAAAUUUGUCAUGCGAUUUGUGCUAUCAAUGCGAUGCUUUUGCAAGAAAAAUGAAUACUAGUACCACACUACCUUUCCUCGUCCCCGCAGUACUGGACCGCACCGUACGAAAAUUGGAAAGUGCUUUGACUAUUUUAGUGCCGAGAAGCGCAGAAAGAUGUAGAGGUGGACGGCUCCUUGUUUUUGUCGAACGUCUAUUCACGGUGUGACAAUUCUCUCCUUUUUAAAAGCUGUACGAACGUGCUGAAACCGAAAUUCUUUGGGUAGUUUAUGCAAACACCGACAACUUUCAUCUCCUUUUGUAGCUCUCUCGUCUAUGAUUUUUCCUUUCCAUAAAAAACGAAAUCCGACGCCACGAGACUGUUUUAUGCGGAGGAAGAAUAAACGAGCUUUUUGAAGAACAAGCUGCGCCCAAACGUCGAGUUUGUCAUGUGAUGUAGUGCUUUGCAUCUUGUAAAAAACGUAGUGCGCCGAAUGCUUUUAACGUAGUCCUCGCUGCUUCGAGACUAAUCUAGAGAGAAGAGAAAACGAGAAAUAGGAGCGAAGGCAUUUUUCCACGUGGCGACAAUCAGAUUUGUUCAAAAUAAACGAGCUCAAUUUAUUUUCCAUACCUUGCUUCCUCGAUUGGUUUCUGGAUGAGUUCUGCUGUAUGAGGUACUUCCAGCUGAUUUGCAGCGACACCGAAUCCAUAUCCAGUGCAAAUAUGUCUGGGUCUGGAAGGAUACAGCUGGUGAUGCUGGAUUUGGAUUCUACAAUAAAUCUGUAUUGCAUGAACAGCAAAAGACGUCCGAUUUUUGAUAUGUGGAGAGGGCAUUUCCCAUGCGGUAUGAGCAUCAGAAAGCCCUCGCAGAAUCUCUGGCGUUAGGGCAGGCAUCACAAACCCUAUAGCUGGUCAUGCAAAAUCUGCAUGACAAACUCCUGCAUUCUUCCAGACCCAGACAUAUUUGCAAUGCAUAAGUCAUGUGUGGUUUCGACCCGCACGCCAGGCGAUAG